GCCAGCGGGGUCGGUUGCGCCUCCCGCACGGGGUGGGAGCGGAGCGGAGCGAAGAGGCCGGGAGGAGCCGUAGCCGAGCAGUGACCAUGGGCAACGUGAUGGCCGCCAGCUCCCCUCCUCCUCCUCCUGCCACCGCAGGGCCCGGGCUGGUAUCGGUGCCGCCGGGCUUCACGCUGCCCCCGGUGAGCGGCCUGAGCCCGGGUCCCCCCGGGGAACGGCCCCCGGGCAGCGCCGAUGGCGAGCGGGAGUGCGGGGCCCUGCCCAACCCGGGGACCUUCGAGGAGUGUCACCGCAAGUGCAAGGAUCUCUUCCCGGUGCAGAUGGAAGGCGUGAAACUCACAGUCAACAAAGGCCUCAGUAACCACUUCCAGGUGAACCACACAGUAGCUCUCAGCACCGUCGGCGACUCCAACUAUCAUUUUGGGGUCACGUAUGUGGGGACCAAGCAGCUCAGUCCCACGGAGGCAUUCCCAGUGUUGGUGGGUGACAUGGACAAUAGCGGGAGCCUCAACGCCCAGGUCAUUCACCAGUUGGGGGCCGGGCUGCGCUCUAAGAUGGCCGUCCAGACCCAACAGUCCAAGUUCGUAAACUGGCAAGUGGAUGGGGAAUACCGGGGCUCCGACUUCACGGCGGCUGUGACCCUGGGGAACCCCGAUGUGCUGGUGGGCUCAGGGAUCCUGGUGGCCCAUUAUCUCCAGAGUAUCACUCCUUGCCUGGCGCUCGGAGGGGAGUUGGUCUACCACCGUCGGCCGGGGGAGGAGGGAACCGUCAUGUCCUUGGCUGGCAAGUAUACAGCUGCUAACUGGCUGGCGACAUUAACCGUGGGACAGGCUGGAGCCCACGCCACGUACUACCACAAAGCAAACGACCAGCUGCAAGUCGGAGUGGAGUUUGAAGCAAGCACCCGCAUGCAGGACACCAGCGUCUCCUUCGGCUACCAGCUGGACCUGCCCAAGGCUAACCUGCUCUUCAAAGGCUCUGUGGACAGCAACUGGAUCGUGGGCGCGACACUGGAGAAGAAGCUUUUGCCUCUGCCUCUCACACUGGCCCUGGGAGCGUUCCUCAAUCACCGCAAGAACAAGUUCCAGUGCGGCUUUGGCCUCACCAUCGGCUGAUCCCACCGCCACCUGCCCACCUCGUGCGCCCCGGGCCACCCCGUCCUUAGCCGGGGGAGGGUCUUAGGGAGCCGGCAGGGGGGCCCGGGAGAGGACCCUCGGAGAGCUGGGGGAAGGGGCAGCCCUUCCUGCCCAGAGGGAGGAGAUUUCCACCCUUGGGGGCUCCCUCAGAACAACCUAGGCCUCGGCCUGUUGGUCUCUUGCUCCCUCCUCAGGGAGUGGGGGAGGGGCGCCCAGGCGGGGUGUAGGGGGGGUGGGACCUAUGAAGGGGAGUCUCUGCUCUGGGUCCCACAACCUCCCCCAAGCCCGAGGGGUCUGACCCCUCCCCGCCUGUGUCUGUGUGUCUGUCCCCUGUCCGCCCUCUCCUCCCCGUCCUCUCGGUGUAAAUCAUGUUUAUAAGUUAUGACAAUGAAAGGGGAAGAUUUUACAGAAAAAAACCCACAAAAUACAUGGAAAAAAAGGGA